CAGAACUAAGUAAGGAAAAAAGCAUGUUAUUCAGAUGAUUGUAGAAAAUUGCAUUGUUUGGUUGAAGGUUCUGUUAACCUGCAGAGCAAUUAUUAAAAGAUAUUUCACCUUUGCUGAAAGACCAAAAGGGCUGGACUUUGUUUCCUCCACUUUAAGCCCUGUAGUUGGUCAUUGGUCGUUGGUUAUCCGAGGAAGAGAAUGUUUGUGCUGAGGGUGUGUGUUUGCUUUGCAGAGUGGCUGUGAGGAGAACGUUGUGGUGUGCAGCGAGUGCGGCAAGGUGUUCUCUGGUCGUUCCAGGAAGACUAAUUUGAAACAGCACAUCCUGACUCAUACGGGCGAACGACCCUAUCUUUGCCCGCACUGCCCGCACAGGACUAACCACAAGCCAAAUCUUGUCAAGCACAUUCGAGUAGUGCAUAGAGCUCCUGCGGUCUCUUCCAUGCCAGCUGUCUUUACAACACCUGAUGCUUACUCCCAUUUGUAGAUUACUGUUAUCAGGUUAACUGAAGAUUAGAAAUAUUUUAAUGAUUAACAGAAUAAAAGCAACAACACAACAACCAAAACUUGUUGGAUAAAAAUGUGGAAUUAAAAAGAUCCUAAAGUUGAUGUGGCUUGUUCAUUCGGCUACUAAAUAUGUAUGGACCGGGUUUGAGCUGAGGGUGUGUGUUUGCUUUGCAGAAAGGUUGCGGGGACAAUGUUCUACAGUGCAACGUGUGUGGCAAGUUGUUUAUGGGCCGAUCAAGAAAGAAUAACCUGAAGCAGCACUUACUGACUCACACUGGGGAGAGACCACAUCUGUGCCCACACUGUCCAUACCGCAGCAGCCAUCGCCCCACUCUGAGAAGGCACAUCCUCACAGUCCAUGCUAACCUGGUUCACCAACACGCACAAGCACAGUUCAGUCCUGCCUCCUAUUCAUUCACGAGAUGAAGGAUAGACUCCUCCUCCUUAUCCUAAGUAGGCAGUGGAAAGCAAAACCUGAUUCUGCUGCAGAGCUACUGGCAUUUUGUAUCAAGACUUGCUUCUUGUUCUGCCAUGUUCUUGAAGCAGGCGUGAGCUCGAGAGGCAGUGGGGAGGCGAUUUUGUGUCCAGUGUGUGGGAAGAUAAUCAGCGGGAGGAAUAAACGUCAGAACCUCCAGUACCACAUGAUCACGCACACAGGCCACAAGCCCUUCCAGUGUCCCUACUGCCCACACCGUGCCAAUCGCAGUGAUAACAUGAAAAUACACAUUCGCUCACGCCAUCUGAGACAGACCUCCUCGACCAAAUCCCUGACCUCAGAACCCUCCCAACCCAACCCAACACAAGUAGUUGAGGCCAACUCAUUAGAGAGUCAGAUUCAGGACCAGGCCACCUUGUCUGUGCUAAAAUCUUUUGAUGCUGUAGAUCAUGACUUGGGGGACUUUUAGAGAUUUGGUAGACCAUUGCUUAGGCUGGGGGCGAUAACCAACGACGUGCCCCUGACGUGCCACGUGUGCAACAAGGCAUUCUCUGGCAGAAACAAGAGGCAGCACCUUUCCACCCAUCUCAACAUUCAUACGGGCGAGAAGCCCUUCCACUGCCCCUUCUGUCCCC